UUCACUAACGUUCUUCGUCGUAUAUUCAAGAUGGGUGGCGKAGACUUGAAUUUAAAGAAAAGCUGGCAUCCCCAGACGAUUCGAAAUGUCGAGCGUGUGUGGAAAGCCGAGCAAAAAGCAUCGGCGGAGGCCAAGAAAAUUGAACAACUUCAAAGAGAAUUGAUGGAGGAAAGAGCUAGGGAAGAUAUGCAGCGUCAUGCGAUAGAACAAGGGAUAUCAAAGAAGAAGUCAGAUCGUCUUGAAUGGAUGUAUGCAACACCAGGCCAGGUUGACAGGGAACAGUAUCUCUUGGGAAAAGCCAUUGACAAGCAAGUGGAUCCAUUGGCAAAUGGUGACAAAGAGGAAAGCAAUGUCCCUGGAUUUGCAAGUGAAGCAAAUGCAAACACUCCUGCUGAUCUGGCAGCCAAAGUUCGUGAUGAUCCACUUUUUCUCAUCAAGAAGAAAGAAGAAGAAAAGAAGAAAGAACUUUUAAAUAACCCAGUGAAAAUGAAACAUCUCCGGCAAAUGCUUCAAGAAAAUCUUGGUAAAUCGAAAAAGAAGGACAAAAAGAGAAAGAAAGACAAGAAGGAAAAGAAAAGAAGAGCAAAAGAUUCUAGUCAAAGUAGUGAUUCUGAGGAUGAAAGAGUACAUCAACAUGGAAAUAAAAGACAUGAAAGACAACACAAACACAAAAGAAGUUCACCAUCAGAAUCUCCAGACAGAUCAGCAAAUCAUAGACACAAAAGACAUCCAAAAUCACCAUCACCACAAAGAGUAAGAAAAAGGAGGCAUUCUAGAUCAAUAUCAAAGGACAAAAAACACAGGAGAUCACCAUCAGAAUCACCAGGCAGAUCAAGAAAACAUAAGAGACAUUCCAGGUCAAGAUCAAAUGAAAGAAAGCAAAGGAGAACAGCUUUGGAAUCACCAGACAGAUCAACAAAACAUAAACAACAUUUGAGAUCGAGAUCAAACGACAGAAAGCAGAGGAGGUCACCAUCAUCAUCACCAGACAGAUCCAAAAAACACAGGCAUACCAAACACAGCUCACCUCACCAGAGAAAUAAACUGGAAAAAAAAUCCAGGAAUUCCAGUUCGAGAUCAAAUGAUAGGCAUCAUAGGAGAUCGCCUUCACCACAACGUAAUGGCCAUAGAAAUGAGAGAUAUUCAAGCUCACCAGAUUUAAAGAAAUCAAGAAAAAAUCACUCACCAAGGAGAGACUCACCACUUAGAGCUGCAAGGUCAAGGUCACCUUCACCGAAAAGAAAUAAUCGUCAUAGAGGUUCAGCUGUUACUAAAAAAAUGAGUGCUGAAGAACUUGAAAAGCGACGAGAGGAGAUGCUUUCAAAUGYACAGUGGAGGAAUGACCAAAGGACAGCUAAUGUAAAGAAAUACAACGACGCUGAAAAACAAGAAGCUGAAACUGAAGUUCAGAACGCCGGGAAAAGUGCACAGUUUUUAAGCAAUAUGAAAGUCCAAUCAUUUUCAUCAGAUUCAACUGCAUCAGUGUCAGAUCGAAUUAAAAGAAAUAUCAACUCUUUACAAAGAACAACAGCAGCACUAGACACAUUUCUUGUGAAGAAGUAAACUUUUAUUGAAAAAUUGUUUAUAAUGCUUAUAUUGCUUAUUAAUGAUGAAUGCAUUUGGAAUAAGAUUUUUAUUUUCGUAUGCUAAGGCGUCGUCAUGUAGAGCGGAGGGUGACACCAAGAAUACCAAUCGUUUCAAAUUUCAGAUAAUUGUUGUAUAAUGUUUGUAUAAUAUGUAAAUAAGAUAGUACCAAGGAAAAAUAGACAUCUUUUAAUGAUACAAGUUUUAUCUUAAGCUGAAUACUCUCACAAAUUCCAAACGAAACAGCUCCAAAAGAUUAAAUGAAUCCUCAUAAGUAACAGCCACUGACCUUUUAAAUAAUAGAUUCUUAUUUACUGUACACACCUUGUAUAAAAAAACUAACUUAUUUCUAAUAAAAAUAUUGACUAGUA